AGCGCCCGAGUCCACUGCUUGCUUUCCAAGCAAGACAGUCAUGGCGUCGCAGCCGAAUUCCGCCGCGAAGAAGAAAGAUGAAAAAGGGAAGAACAUCCAGGUGGUGGUCAGAUGCAGACCCUUUAAUUUGGCUGAGCGGAAAGCUAACGCCCAUUCUGUAGUAGACUGUGAUAAUGUACGAAAAGAAAUUAGUGUACGAACUGCAGGAUUGGCCGACAAAAGCUCAAGAAAAACAUACACUUUUGACAUGGUUUUUGGAGCAUCCACUAAACAAAUUGAUGUUUACCGAAGUGUUGUAUGUCCAAUUUUGGAUGAAGUUAUUAUGGGCUAUAAUUGUACUAUUUUUGCAUAUGGACAAACAGGCACUGGAAAAACCUUUACAAUGGAAGGUGAAAGGUCACCUAAUGAAGAAUAUACCUGGGAGGAGGAUCCCUUGGCUGGUAUAAUUCCACGAACUCUACAUCAAAUUUUUGAGAAACUUACUGAUAAUGGUACUGAAUUUUCAGUCAAAGUUUCUCUGUUGGAGAUCUAUAAUGAAGAACUUUUUGAUCUCCUUAGUCCAUCAUCUGAUGUUUCUGAGAGACUACAAAUGUUUGAUGAUCCCCGUUACAAGAGGGGAGUGAUAAUCAAAGGUUUAGAAGAAAUUACAGUGCACAACAAGGAUGAAGUGUAUCAAAUUUUAGAGAAGGGGGCCGCCAAAAGGAAAACUGCAGCAACGCUGAUGAAUGCAUAUUCUAGUCGUUCACACUCCGUUUUCUCUGUUACAAUACAUAUGAAAGAAAUUACGAUUGAUGGAGAGGAGCUUGUUAAAAUUGGAAAGUUAAACUUGGUUGAUCUUGCAGGAAGUGAAAACAUUGGCCGUUCUGGAGCAGUUGACAAGAGAGCUCGGGAAGCUGGAAAUAUCAAUCAAUCUCUCUUGACUUUGGGAAGGGUUAUUACUGCUCUUGUAGAAAGAACACCCCAUGUUCCUUAUCGAGAAUCUAAACUAACUAGAAUUCUUCAAGAUUCUCUUGGAGGACGUACAAGAACUUCUAUAAUUGCAACAAUCUCUCCUGCCUCCACCAAUCUUGAGGAAACCCUAAGUACAUUGGAGUAUGCACAUAGAGCAAAGAACAUAAUGAAUAAGCCUGAAGUGAAUCAGAAACUCACCAAGAGAGCUCUAAUUAAGGAGUACACAGAAGAGAUCGAGCGCCUGAAACGAGACCUUGCUGCAGCCCGUGAGAAAAAUGGAGUUUAUAUUUCUAAUGAAGACUUUAGAGCCAUGAGUGGAAAACUAACUGUUCAAGAAGAACAGAUCGUAGAAUUGAAUGACAAAAUUGGUGCUCUUGAGGAGGAGCUAAGUAAGGUUACAGAGUUGUUUGUGGAUAAUAAGAAUGAACUUGACCAGUGUAAAUAUGAACUGCAAAAUAAAACACAAAAGCUUAAAGUCACGGAAAAAAAUUUACAGGCAACUAAAAUUCAGCUUGUGAAAGAAGAAUACAUAACAUCAGUUUUGGAAAAUACUGAGGAGAAACUUCAUGACGCUGCCAGCCAGUUGCUUAAUACAGUUGAAGAAACUACAAAAGAUGUAUCUGGUCUGCAUUCCAAACUGGAUCGGAAGAAGGCAGUUGAUGAACACAAUGCAGAAGCUCAGGGUACUUUUGGCAAAAACCUGAGUAGUCUGUUUAAUAAUAUGGAAGACUUAAUUAAGGAUGGCAGCUUAAAACAAAAGAACAUGCUAGAAGUUCACAAGACAUUGUUUGGAAAUCUACUUUCUUCGAGUGCUUCUGCAUUAGACACCAUUUCAAUGACAGCACUUGGAUCUCUUUCGUCUAUUCCAGAAAUUGUGUCUACUCGUGCUUCUCACAUUUCUAAUAUGAUAUCAAAAGAAGAAUCAGUCGCAACUGAAAGUAAAAUUAUGCUUCAGAAAUUGAUUGAUGUUCUUAAGACUGACCUUCUAAAUUCACUGGAAACAGUUUUAUCGCCCACUUUGGUAUCUAUAUUGAAUAUCAAGAGUCAAAUGAAGCAUAUGUUCAAUACUUCAUUGAUAGUGGCUCAUAAGCUAGAAGAUCAGAAAAAGGAAAUGGAUGGUUUCCUCAGCACUUUGUGUAGUAAUCUACAUGAACUACAAGAAAGUACAGUUUCUUCUUUAGCUGAAUCACAGAAGCGAUGUGAAACUUUAAGUGAAGACCUAAAGAGGAUAAAGCAAACUCAUUCUAAGGAGCUUUGUCACUUAAUCAAUGUUUGGACAGAAAGAUUCAAUGCUUUGGAGGAAAAGUGUGAAAACAUCCAGAAACCACUCAUUAGUGUCCAAGAAAAUACAGAACUGAAAUCUAAGGAUCUGAUCAACAAAACAGCUUCUCAGAGCACAAAAUUUUGUGCUGAUUCUGAUAACUUGUCACAAGAACUCAGACAUUUUAGCCAAGAAGGUACAGAACUGAUGGAAGAGUCCGUGAAACAGUGUGAUAAGCUCAAAAGCCACUUUGAAAUAAUGUCUUCUGAGACUGAACAAAAAUGUGAGGCCUUGAAAACAAGCACACUGUAUUUUUCUGAGCAGUGGGUAUCUUGCUUAAAUAAAAGGCAAGAGGAACUGCAGAACUUAUUGGAGGUGGUAAACAAGAGUUGUGAGUCUUCAUGUUCAGAGAUUACUGAAAAAUUAAGUGGACAUAAAUCAGCUAAUGAGAAUCAGCAUAACACUUUCCUUGAUCAAAUAACUUCUAACAAAGAGAUACUGAUGUCACAAGGUCUGGAACUUAAUGAUUCUAUAAAAAUCGGUCGGACUAAGCUUCAGUGCUUUCUGGAACAAGAUCUGAAACUGGAUGUCCCAACAGGUACAACGCCCCAGAGGAAAAAUUACCUAUACCCAUCAACACUGGUGAGAACAAAGCCACGUGAAGAACUCAUCAGUCAAUUAAGAAGCAAACAGCCUGAGCUUUUAACAAUGAUGGAAUAUUCAGAGAACCAGAAGGAGACCAGACAUGAUCCGGAAGAAGACAGGGCAGUUCUGGAGUCCAUGCUCAAUGCGGCAGAACCUCUGAGUCAAGAGUCAUCUCCAGAUGCGAGUGUGGAUUGUUCAUCACGAUGUGGGGUUCCGUUUUUCCAGCAUAAAAAACCGCAUGGAAAAGACAAAGAAAAUAGAGUUAUUAACCCCGUGGUGCAGUCUAAAGUGGAGGACACCUCAGAACACUCAGCCACAAAGAGCAAGUUAAGACAGCCUCUAAGAAUCCAAAUAAAUCUUUAG